UGCGUAAUCGACGAGGCUUUCCGACUAGUCUGCGCAAAUGAUCGUUACUUCAUGAUAACAUAUAACACAAAAUGGAAGCCGAUGUUUCUCUUUUUAAGUAAGAUGACUUAAGUUAGUUGAAUCUGCAAGAUUACUCUAUUUAUGAGGAAUUAAGAGCUGAAGCUAUGGCAACUUCAGACAACGAAAGGUAUUUGAGGUAUAUUCUGUUGUUGGGAAAAGGAGGACCAUUGGUGUUGAAAGGGAUUUUAAAACGUGAAGCCCAAAACGUUGGAAAACCAUUAUCACAAAUUCUGUCGGACAAUAGUGGCAAACUUCGGCAUCUAAUACGGAAUGACAGUCAAUACGAACGCAUAUUUCCAUCAGCAGGAUCUGUCAAUGAUGACCUACAUAACUGGGAUACAUCACUAUUGUGUUUAGUAAUUCUGAAUAUAUUUAGAAGCAGCCUUACUUCUAAAGAACGAAAUGAUAUAAAGAUUCUUCGCGAUUUUAGAAAUGAAAUUCAAGGACACAGUGCAUCACUUGCAUUAUCUGAAGAUGAAUAUAAUGAAUAUAGAAGUGAUCUGAUAAUCGUUCUUCUAAAGUUCUCGUCAAAAAUUGAUCGCCAAUACCAUGACGAAUGUCAAAAGUUAAUUAAAUCAACCAAGUCUGGGCCUAUAGAAUUAUCUUCAACAUUGGAGGACUUCAAAGAAUUUCAAACCGAACUCUUGACAGUAAUUAAAGCUGACUUUGUGGCCAACAGUAUCAAAUUAGAUGACAUAUGCAAAGAAAUCAAGAAGAUACAAGGUACGACUGUGCAACAAAAAGAAUUGGCUGAAGAGAACCUUCGUCGUAUGUGCAAAAUGGAAAAUGGACAAGACGAAAUAAGACAAAAAGUAGAAGUUACGAAUGUGCAACAAAGGGAAUUGGCCGAAGAGAGCCAGCGUUAUUUCUGCAAAUCGGACAAGGGACAACAUGAAAUAAUACAAAUGCUAAAGGAUGUAAAGGAGUUGCUGAAAAGAGAAACUGAAGCAAGUACUAAUGGCAAUACAGAUAUUCAAGAAGAUGUUGAAACAGAAUUACAUGUCCAAAGCAAAAAUGAUGAAACUGCUUCUUCUGCUGAGGAUAUGCUUGUUCAGAAAAUAAACGAACUUCUUCGAGAAAUCAAUAGCGCACCUGAACCUAAAGCAAUUAAUGAGGAACAUGUACGAAAACGCGUGCAAAGAUAUCUUCAGACAAAGGAACAAUAUCCAAAUGAAGAGGAAUUGACACUUGCCGUAAUGGAACUGAUGAUAGAUGUACUUAAGCAAUCGGGCACUACAAUUCUCCCUGCAGAAAAAUGUUGUAUCCGAUUUGUGGUAAGGUGUAAAUCAUACACAGGUCUUCUUGGACUUCUAGAAUAUCUAGAGAGUAAGGCAUUCGAUCAGCGCAUUCAAGACAUAACAACCGCCUUGAGAAAACAGACAGAAAUAUCAGUAUUUCUUACAGUGGUGGUUUCAGCUCAUAGUUUGCAGCGAAUCAAGAAAAAUCUAAUGCAAACUCAGAUAACGACAGGGACUUGUGAACCAAGAAACAGGACUGUUACUCUGCCCGUCCGUAGUAGAAAUAUAAGAAGUAUUGAACAUGUAUGGAAAUUAUUCCAGGAGGGGGAUAUAAAUCACCAUCUUCUAAACAUUUCUAGAAUUCUGUCAACAAUAGUUGGUGGUAAUAUAGAGAUUACGUCCUCUAUCAAUUUGAAAAAGUUAAAACAGUCCCUGCAAAACAUUGAAUCGAAAGACACUCAUACAAGACAUGAUGAAUCUAAAACAGUUACAUCGGAAGAAAAUCUAGACAAAGUAUCUACAUGUAGAUUGAAAGAUGCAACGCUGUUUUCUUCGGCAUUAUCAGAUGUAUUAGAUGAUAUUGGUGUUAAUGAAGAAAACGUUAUGAAGAGAAGGAAAGCCGCAGUAUUGUAUGAAUCAAUUAGAAAUAAUUCAGGAAAGACAUACGGAAUGAUUUAUUUCCUUGGGAGUCAAUCAGAAGGUACAACAACUUCUGGAUUAGAUUCAGGCUUAGAUGUAUACACGCUAAGGGAUUGCAUAUGUUUGAAUCCGUCUUGCGAUCAAACUAAACAUGAAGCAUCACAUGCUAUGCUUGUACAAAAAGAAAAUAUGCCUCCAGGCCACUAUUUGUUGCAACAAGGAAUGUUAAAUAUUUGCGCAAAUUAUGUCCAUACACCUCCUUGCAAUAUUAACGUUUGUAUACCCUGUUAUGAAACGCGGGUCAAGAUUGGUUGUAAUACUUUUCUAAAACCAGAAAUGAACAAAUAUGUACAUGACAAAGAAUAUUUUCUUGUGCCUUCUCCUAUGGCACUAACAGAAAAUGUAAACUUUGAAUGGAAAAUAUACCACGCAUUUGCAGAGAGAUACCUGAUGUUUAAUCUUAAUAUAGUACAAAUCAGGUGUUUGGUCGUAAUGAAAAUAAUCAUUAAGUCAUACUUACAUUCACUGUUUCGUGUACAAAGUUCUAGUGUUGUUUGCAAAGCAGUUUUAUUAUAUUGCAUAGAAAAUUCAAACCUUGAAAUAUGGCACGAAUAUAACUUUUGGUUGUGUUUAUCAAACUGCUUGAAGGUUUUGUAUCAGUUUGUAUUAUGUGGUAGUUGUCCUCAUUUUUUAGAGUGUGGUGAUAACCUAAUUUCUAGACAACUGUCUCAAAAAGAGAAGGAAUUCAUAGUUAAAAAGCUUCAAACCAUUAUCCAAGACGGUUGGCAUUUCCUUUUUGGUAUUGAAAUUGAUGGUAUCGGUCAAAGGUUGAAAGAGAAAUGUUUACUUCCUUUUGUAUCGUAUCCAUCUGUAUAUUCUUUAUACAUAGACUCUGAAAGAGAGCGUAUAUUGAAGAUAUCAACCAUGUCAAAUCCAAAGCCAACCGAAGAUGAUACAGUAUUUCUACAAAAGUUUUUAGCAUUUUUGCCAAAGUUUUUUCGUUUUCUAAAUGACUUUUUAGAUAGCCAACAAGCUAGCUCACGGCAGAUCUGUGACUCUCCUCAUGUGCCCGCUCGUGCCUGAAAUAAUGAACAGAGAGAUUCCUGUGUUUCAAGCUGGAAAAUCACCACAUGACUCUUAAUAGACACCCAAACAAAACAACCAGAAAUCAAACAAACAAAGAAAUGAAGAAACAAUUAAGUGGUGUUAAAAUUAGAAAUUGAUCAUUGAAGGAUAAAGUCUACUAAAUAAACUUUAAUUGACAUUUUUGCGCUGUUAAUCAAGUUACUUGCAUUUGUCAAUUUCGUAGUUGUGACUAACGUAUGUGUAUCGGAAGAAUAUGUGAAAUUCAUAGUACAUGUAUUUAAUACAAUGUUUGUGAUUCCAGUAUUGUCAUAUUUUCAAUCAGGCAUUAUUGUUGAAACUUCUAUUGAUUUGCUUUUGGUAGGCCCCUAGACUUUACAUAGAGGAUAUUAAAUAAGUGAAGGCUUAAUUCUGAAUUUAUUGAAUGAAUUGAAUAAACAAAGACUUGCAUAAUGUUAUUUCAUUCAACAAGUUCAAUUAAUCAAGUAGUAAAACUACACAAAAGUAAUAUUAUUCUUCUUAUCACAUAUCCAAAACGGUAAAAAUGAAUUCCUUUUUCAUUGUUUCUGGGAAGGCAUCUUACCAGCUUGUAUGUGUUGGCUGUUGUUAUUUUAUAUUGCUUAUAAUCAUACUGCAUGACUUUUACUGAACGUGCCUCAUAAAGAUUAGAGACAAGUUAUUUCAGGUAAAAUAUAAAAUGUUUGACUUCAAAUAUCUGAAUGUUAAACUUCGUUACUGUGCCUACAUGAAAUACUAACAACUACAAGAAAACGUACUUUACAGCAAUAUAUUCUAGCGUUUUUCUUAUGAAUGUGUAUAGCUUAAUAGGAGAAAAGGGUAAAACUUUUUCUUUUCUAGAUUCAUUAUACAAUUGUUUUCUAUUAAGACAAAAUAACUUGUUGAACCUGCAGAUUUGAAUAUUUCUCUGUUUUAUUUCUUUUCAUUACAAUGGUCUUUUUUGUCAUAUAUUCCAUAAAUUUUUCAUAUAUAAGAUCUUUUCUGAUUGCCAAUAUGUGUUAACAAAGAUUAACUGAGAUCUAGAAGAGUAAAAACCUUCAUAUUUGACUCUGUUAAGAAGUUAAACUUCAGUUACACUGAAAAUGUUAAAGUCUGUCACAUUUGGUGAGCAUUUUUUGUGACAAGUUGCCUUACAUAUUUUACUUAUUGAACCAUGAUUUGAUGUUGAUCGAUUUUAUAUAAUUUUUCUUUUUGAAAACAGCAAACAUUUCUGAAAUGACUGUCUCACUUAUAGUGUAAUGCUUACAUUUAGCGCGUCUUUACGCUGUAUACCGCAAAUGACGUCAGGUCAAAAUGUAUACACAACAGUGCAAUACCAUUUUUACGGCAAGGAGAUGUGAUAAAUUUGUAAAUUCUAACACUCUUCCCACUAUUCCUCUAUAUAAAACAUACAGGGUAAUGAAAUGUAUAAUUACAAAAAUAUAAAAAAGGAAUGCGUACACGCCAAAUGACGUCAGAUAAGAUAGUAGAAGUAAUUAUUAAUUUUACGUCGGGAAAUUACUUCUACGCUCAAUGUUGUUCACAUAUUUCUAUCAAUUCUCUUUUAUUGGCAAUGGAAAUAGAUAUUAGUUUUUCUUUGAAUUAUAAAACAACAGUGCACGGUGUAUCGUUAAAUGCUUUGUAAUUAAUCAGUAAGGCCUAUCGGUCUUCGUGAUUAUAUUCCUACGCAUUUAAUUCAAACCGUGCAUUAUUCUACAACAAUGCUUUCAAAAUUGAUAUCUAUUUCCUACGUUAAUUUUUUAUUGUUUAUUACUAGGGUCAUAAUUAAUAUAACAAUUGUGCAGAAAAUGGGAUAAAUUAUUUAGAACCUAAUUUUUUCUGCGGUUUUAUAACGAUACACACUCACGUGAUUAUGAUUUAUAGCAUGUAUUUCAAUCAGUAAAUUUCAUAUAAUGUUGAAGGGUCUCCAUGACCAAGUGGUUUAAGUUGCAGACUUUAAAUCGCAUGCCCUUCACUGCUGUAGGUGAGAGUCACGUCAGGGUCCUAGCUUACAUAAGGUCUGUGGCUCUACUUUGGUGUCUGCUGGUGUCCAUGAUAAUGCAUGGAUAAGUACUUGAAUUAUUCACCACCAAUUAAGCUAGCCUCAACAGUGUCGGCAACAAAAAGUAUAGUAUCUUGAAUAAAUGUUGUUAUAAUGUUUUUAUUGUUGUCACCAUACACUAAGAUAACCUCAUUUCAUAGCAUAGAAUACCAGUGUCUAUGUUGUCAGCUAAACGACAAUUAUAGUUUUGUCAAUUACUGCAUUUCGUGUGAAAUGAUUUAUAAAUGGUGAAAUUCAAAAUAAAGUUAGACAUUAAAAAUGA